AUGGCGGCGCUGGGUGAUAUUUUACGGCACAUUCCGCGCAUGCGCAGCCGCCGUUCCACGCGUGGAAAUGGGGGUGUUUCCGCUCGGCUCUGCCCCCCCCUCCCACCGAGGGGCGUGCGCACGCGCGUCCCUCCCCCUUCCCUUCCCCCCGUCCCCGCCGCCUCCUCCCCUUCCCGACUAUUUAAAGUCGCGACAUCGCGGGCGGCGGCUCAGUGGAAGGAGAAGAGGAAGAAGGCGGAACAGGAGGGGGGGUUGCAGUUCUGGCACAAAUCGUGUUUCCACUGCGAGACCUGCAAGAUGACGCUGAACAUGAAGAACUACAAGGGCUACGAGAAGAAACCCUACUGCAACGCGAUCUCCAAUGUGGGGAUCCUCCUGUGUGUGGGACCUUCAUUUGGGGGAUCUCCUCCUAUCAAGUACCACGAGGAGUUCGAGCGCAGCCGGAUGGGCCCCGGCCCCAGCGAGGGCUCGGAGCCGGAGCGCCGGAACGCCGGCGAGAGCGGCGGCUACCGGAGAGCAGAGCAGCCCCAGCCCCAGCAGCACGGCCAGCCCGGAGGCAGCGUUUUCCAGCAGCCGUCUCCGUCCCAGUCCUUUGGCUACAAGGAUCCGGCGGCUCCGGGCUCGGCCCCGCGCGGCGCCCCGGCCGGGGGUGGGAAGCGUUUCCGAGCCGUCUACGACUACACGGCGGCGGACGAGGACGAGGUCUCCUUCCAGGACGGCGACACCAUCGUCAACACGCAGCAGAUCGACGACGGCUGGAUGUACGGCACGGUGGAGCGCACCGGCGACACCGGCAUGCUCCCCGCCAACUACGUGGAGGCCAUCUGAGCCCGUGUCCCCUCCCCGGGCCGCUGUCCCCUCCCCGGGCCGCCCUCGGAGCCGCCACGUGUCCCCACCGCGUGUCCCCACCGCGUGUCCCCACCCCGUGUCCCCACCCCGUGUCACCUCCCGGCCGGGUUCUCUCCGUGGUGGCCCCGUGGGGGUGAAAGCCUUGGGGUGUUCCUGCCGCUGUCCCCACUGUCCCUUCUGUCCCCACUGUCCCUUCUGUCCCCACUGUCCCUCCUGUCCCCCCUGUCCCACCCUCCGGAGCCUCCCAGGAAAGGGACGGAGAGGCCACACCAGGACCAAAUUCCCGCUGUGGGGUGGGGGGUGAAAGCCCCAGGGUGUUCCUACCACUGUCCCCAUUGUCCCCCUUGUCCCCCC